AUGCCGUCCAAUAUCUUUAUAUUCCUAACGUUAUUGUUCGUUCUCGCCUUCUGCAUCAGCGGCAAUGGCGUCUACGCGUUUGGCGCGGGCAAUAUCCCUUCCUUCGCAUACAUGGAGGGAAAGGCGUUUAGACACGGAGACAUCGAAGACGCGCUGUCCCAGAUCGUGAAAGCUUCGAGCUCAGGUUUCGCCCUGACCAGUCUGAUAGGCAUGAAAGGCUCCAAGUUUAACAACCUCGAUAUCAAGCGCAUAUAUUUCGGAAACUGGCUCAGAGAUUACAGCCAAGCUGUUGAUAUUGGAGCUCUCAAGAAAGUGCAGAUCCAGACGAUCCUCAAUCUUUGCAUGGUUCUUGGGUUCAUGGCAAACGGAUACGCGACACGUGAAUUCGAAGUCACCCCGGAACGCCUCGGAUGCUAUCUCCCAACAGAACACAUUGACAAUCCGAAGGGAUACGGAGAAGGCGAAGAUGCGAGGAAUUACCACCCAGGCCUACGUGGGCCUGUCGACCCUCGAGAGCUUGAGAUAGAUCCCCGCUCAGGGAUGAAAAACUACAUUGCAAACGAGAAUGGGCACUGGGACACGUCCAAGGCGCUCGUCCGACGCACGCUCGAGCGAUGCAUCCAUCUCGGGCGGCAGCACCGCGCAACGAACCAGAAGCAGGACCUGUACGAAGCGUACCGCCUCCUUGGGCAGUCGCUCCACACCCUUGAAGACUUCCCCGCACACUCCAAUUUCUGCGAGCUUGCGCUCGUAUCGAUGGGUUACCACCAAGUGUUCGUGCAAGUUGGCGAUGGUGUGCGCAUUCAGGCGCCCAAUGGGAAGCAUGUGGCUCCUCUCGUAACAGGAACUUUCGGAUCGAGCGACUUUUUACAUAGUUUGCUUGGAGAGGCAACCGACCACAUCGCCUCCGUGACGGACCUCAACAAAGAAUUUGACAACGCGCGGGCGAAGCAAAACAAUAACAGCUCGAUCAGCGCGCUCCACCAGUUGUUCUCGCAGCUCCCCGGCGGGACCGGUGCCGAGAUGAACCGUGAGAUGGACGGGAUCGAGCGCAUCCGCGCUGGCCCGUCGCAGGGUGGAAAGCGCCCCGAGGACAUGAGCCCCCAGGAGUUGCAUGCGGUGUUGUGGCAGGUGUUGAACUUCCGUGAUUCGGUAAUGAAGAAGAUCGAGAAGACCAUUGAAAAGAUUCCCGGUCUCGGACCUCUGAUUGAGAAGCUCAGCGAGUCGAUAUCAGUCUUCGUCUUUACUACACUGGAACCGUUUUUGAAGCCGAUCAUGAAGUCUUCGACGUCUGCCCUGCAGCUCGCUUCUGGAGAGGUCAUCAACCAGCACGAUCAAUACGAGGUCUUCAACGAUCCCCGAGCGACUGACCCUACGCACUCGUUCCUGAGUAAAGAUCACUUUAACCUCAUUCUCAAUGAACCCGCCGGCCAUCUUGCGAAGAUCAUCCUGACGCAUACGGUUGGCUUGGUUGUCAAAGCCUGGGGUGAUCCGAAUAUGCCUCCACAUGCUGUCACUGAAGACGUCUUACAGUGCCUCUUCCACCCCGACUUCCACGACUCCCGCUCGAAGAUCCAAUCGGAGAUGUUAGGCUUUAUGCGUCAAUGGGUCGAUGGCCUCGGCUCCCGUCAGCGGACCAUUCUCGACCGUCUCGGCAAAGAGUCCGUACGGAACCAUGAGAACAUCCGGCUCGCGGGCGAGGGCGGCACCGGCACCGCCGAGGGCACUUACGCGCAGAACCAGGGCGCGCAGGCGAAUCAGUGGAUCGCGGGCCAGGUGCCUGUCCUCGGGCAGGCGCAGAACCUCUUCGGCAAGGUCCCGGGGAGCGGUGGCCCGAUGAGGGAGAUGCCAAGUGGACCUGGUGGGUACGCCCCGCCCGGUGGCCCGCCACCGAGCUUUGGCGGGAACGAGUACGGUCGCAACGACGGGCCACCGCGUCCUGGGGGCGAGGCGUCGUCGUACUAUACACCUUCGUACGGCUCUGCGCCCCCUGGUCCAGGUGGUCCAGGAGGAUACGCGCCUCCGCCCGGUCCGCCGUCGGGGUAUGGCUCGCCGUCGCCCUAUGCGCCUCCUUCUGGACCGCCACCGGGUGGGUACCAGUCCUCGUACGCACCAUCAUAUGAUCAACCGUCUGGCCCACCGCCCGGUCAAUAUGGCGGCGGAGGCGGGUACGGAGGGCCGCCUGGAGGUGGGUACGGAGGACCGCCUGGAGGUGGUUUUGCGCCGCCCCCUGGGCCACCUGGUAUGCCUGGUGGGCCUGGUGGAUUCGCGCCGCCGCCCGGUGGGCCCGGCGGGCCUGGCGGAAUGGGGUUCCCUGAUCCCAAUGCAUACGGGGGCCAGUCAUCGUAUGGUGGUGGGGGCGGGUAUCAGCAGCCUCCGCGCCCGUGGUGA